CAAACUUGAAAAUAAAAAUGCAAAUCUUUUGCCUCAACACAUUCAUAUAAAUAUUUGGCAUUUUGUCUUCAUGCCUCAUUGCCUCUUCACAUAAACCAUUAAGGAGUUGUGAUCAAAAGAGAGAAUCGAAAUGGCUAGCAGCUGCCUCCGGAACAGAUUUUUGUGUGCGUUCGUGUUUGUUUUCUGCGGAUUUCUUGGCUUAAUCACUUCUCCAGCUGAAGCUGCUAUAAAGAAAUACCAGUUUGAUGUUCAAGUAAAGAAUGUGAGCAGAUUGUGCCAUGCAAAACCGAUUGUUACUGUAAAUGGAAGGUUUCCAGGGCCUACGAUCUAUGUCCGGGAAGGUGAUAGACUUCAAAUCAAUGUUACAAACCAUGCUCAAUACAACAUGUCAAUUCACUGGCAUGGAUUGAAGCAGUACCGAAAUGGUUGGGCAGAUGGACCGGCUUAUGUGACGCAAUGUCCAAUCCAGACCGGAAGUAGCUACACUUAUGGCUUCAAUGUGACAGGGCAAAGAGGAACUUUGUGGUGGCAUGCACAUAUUCUUUGGCUAAGGGCUACUGUCUAUGGAGCAAUUGUGAUCGUGCCUAAACAAGGAACUCCAUUCCCAUUCCCACAGCCGUAUAGGGAAACUGAGAUUAUACUUGGAGAAUGGUGGAAUGUGGACGUGGAAACCUUUGUCAACAAAGCAAACAGCCUGGGAUUGCCACCAAACUCCUCAGAUGCUCACACCAUCAAUGGCAAGCCAGGGCCAUUGUUUCCUUGCUCCGAGAAACAUACUUUUACAAUGGUGGUUGAGCAAGGGAAGACCUAUCUCCUUCGAAUCAUCAACGCCGCUCUCAACGACGAACUUUUCUUCGGCAUUGCUGGACACAACCUGACAGUGGUGGAGGUUGAUGCAGUUUAUACCAAACCCUUCACUACUCAAGCCGUACUAAUUGCACCAGGCCAGACCACAAACGUUUUGGUCAAAGCCAAUCAAGCUUCAGGCAGAUACUUCAUGGCUGCUAGGCCUUUCAUGGAUGCUCCAGUUCCCGUAGACAACAAGAUAGCCACUGGAAUUCUCCAAUACAGAGGAAUUCCGAACACCGUCCUGCCAAGCCUUCCUCAAUUGCCUAACCCUAACGACACGUCCUUCGCUUUAAGAUACAACAAUAAUCUCCGGAGCCUAAACGCUCCAAACUUUCCGGCCAAUGUGCCUCUCAAAGUCGACCGGAAACUCUUCUACACCAUUGGUUUCGGGAAAGAAUCAUGCCCUAGUUGCUUCAACGGAACAAGAUUUGUUGCUUCCUUGAACAACAUCUCUUUCGAGAUGCCGCAGGUGGGGCUUCUGCAAGCACAUUACUUUAAUCUCAAAGGGGUGUUCAAAACCGACUUCCCCGAUAGGCCAUCAACUCCUUUCAACUACACUGGUGCACCACUCACCUCCAGUCUUGGCACAUCAACUGGAACUAGGCUGAGCAAGAUUGCUUUCAAUUCGACAGUUGAGCUGGUUUUACAAGACACGAAUCUCCUAACCGUGGAAUCGCAUCCGUUCCAUCUCCACGGAUACAACUUCUUUGUUGUGGGAACUGGGAUUGGGAAUUUUGAUCCUGCCAAGGACCCUGCUAAGUAUAACUUGGUUGAUCCUGUUGAGAGAAAUACAGUUGGAGUCCCCACAGGUGGUUGGACUGCCAUUCGGUUUAGAGCUGAUAAUCCAGGCGUUUGGUUCAUGCACUGUCAUUUGGAGCUUCAUACUGGCUGGGGACUGAAAACAGCAUUCGUCGUAGAAGAUGGACCAGGAUCGGAUCAAUCUGUUCUGCCUCCGCCUAAGGAUCUUCCGCCUUGCUGAUGAUGCACGGACCGGUUCAUAUCAAUCUGGUGACAUUGGAGUGCCACCUACUUGCGCUUCUUGCAAAAAGUUGCAGAAGGUUUCUUGAGGGUUUACAAACAAUAACCAAUCUACAAAAAUCACUUUGUGUGAGACUGUAAAUGUAACAAAUUAUACCAUACUAUGUAAAUAUUGUGUUCUUUCACUGUAAUUCUUCUAAAUCAUACAGGAAUCAUUUUAUACAACCA